AUGGCAAAUUAUCCAGAUAAAUCGACGAAGCGUCAGCGAAUCCAGUUUGGCAGUGGAAACGUUGGAGUCUGGUUUCGUCGACAGACUACUGCUGAAAAUCGUCCCACGUUCAAGUCGUUUGGCGGGCAAGCAUUUCGACAGGAUGAAUACCCUUGGAUUGCCUCAUUAAGGAUUGGAACGACUAUAUGUAGUGGAGUACUAAUCUCUCCGCGUCACAUUCUGACCGCCGCCCACUGCCUGAUUCACACAAACGACAAAAUCCUGCGUAAAGAAGCUUGUCAGCUAAUGGCGCACAGGAAUACUCGCCGACCUCAAGGCAACGAGUUUGAAGCGUUUGUCGGUAGCCGUUGUCCUGAUCCGAAUAGAUGCACGAUACCAUGGAUAAGGGCAGUUCAUGUGUACUAUCAUGACGCGUUCAAUGAAUGCAGCUCAGAAAACGACAUAGCAAUAGUUGAGCUUGGCGGAAACGUGCUGAAUACUUUUGCCACACCAAUAUGUUUACCGGAUAGAAACCAACCAAUUGCUCGUGUUCUCAGAGUGGCUGGAUCUUGGUGGGGAGGCAAUGCGUAC